GGUUGUUAAUAUUUAUGGGAGUAAUCCUGUUAACUGAAACAUUUGCAGUGCUUUGAAAGAAAAUAGUAGGUGAGCCCUACCUAGUCAGCUUCCUGUUUUGGGUGAGGUGGUCUGCCUAACAGCUGUGCUUUCUUGGAGCUUGGCAGAGGAAAGUGGUGGAGUGUGCUGCAAGCUGCCUUAUCCUGGGUGUAGGUGUUUUCAUGCCCCAUUUCUGUAGUGGGGUGAUUAGUUUGGGCUUCUCCUUCCCCAUCUCUUGUUCUGCUUUAGUAUCCUGUUAUUCCCAGAGCAUAAGUUGGUAUCUUGCCCUUCUUCUCUGUAUUUACACUUGUGUCUACCCAAAGCAAACCUCAGCAAGUGGAGAAGUAUAUGGAGGUGCAGAUGAGAUCUUACUGGUCCCAAAGGCUAUGCAUGUUUACAACAAGGCCAUACCCUUGUUGGCUUGUGCCUGGGGCAAUUUUCUGACUGUUUUCACAGAAUCAUGGAACAGAAUGGGGUGAAAGGGAUCUCCAAAGAUCAUCUAGUCCAACCCCCCUGCAAUGAUCAUGGACAUCUUCAACUAGAUCAGGUUGCUCAGAGCCCCAUUCAACUUGACCUUGAAUGAUCCAGUGAUGGGGCAUCUACCACCUCUCUGGGAAAUCUGUUCCAGAGUUUCACCUAUGAAGAGAGUUGUUACCCAGGGGGAGGGUGAGGCUCGAUGGACCAGUCCGUGUCAUGGACACACAUGCAUGUGCGCCAGUGAUGGAAAUGGUGUUAGUCUGCAAUUUUGGGUUUUUUUGCAGUCAGAUUCUGGCUUGCUUGCCUGUUGUCCCUCAGCUGAGAGGAAGUUUUGGGACCACCCCAGCAGUGGAGAAAGAAGUCUCUGCUUUACCAACCCUGCAUCCUAGCCACAGGCAUAUGGAGCUGGCUCAUCCUUGCUGUAAAAGCGUGAAUUAAACCUACCCUUAAUGCACUGAGUGGACCCUGAAGUGAAGGGCAAGCUGGUAGAUGUGUGUCACCCAGAUUCAAGCAGAGGGCCAGUGCAAGGCUUGGAGCAGCACUGAGACUUCAGCAGCUGUAGUUGUCCUCCAGGCUACAGAAGGGGCUAGCUGUGAGUCUAAGUGAAAGGGAGUUUUCACCAAAAAAGGUAGUGCAGGAUCGAUUUGCCUGCACAUAGUCACCCCCACAACCUCACCACACGUACUGUCAGAGCAGAGAGUGAAUCUCCCACUUAGGAAUACAAUAGAUCCACUGGCCUGUUCCUCAGCACCGAGUCAUGUUAAAGCUGGCUUUUGAAUGAACACUGCAACUCUGUCUCUGGAAACAUUUGCAAGCUCAGAGCUGACUAAAUAAAUUUUAAAAAACCCAUCCUCCCAAAAAAAGAAGAAAAGAAAAAAGAGAAAAAAUAGAUUCUUGUAAUGAGAAGCUUCCAUCCUUUCCUGCAAAGUGCACCUGACCUAGCCAGCGUAGCUCUAAGGCUAGCAAACAUGGUUUCAGCUACCACCUCAUACCAGCCUCCGAAAAGGGCAGAGGGCGUGUGGUGAGAAGAGAAAAAGCAGAAUAGAGCAAAUCUCCUGGGAGAUGCAAAAUAAGCUCCCUGGAUUGCCAGGACUAGUGGUGACACGCGCCAGACAAAGGACCUGCUACUCUAUAAAUGAAGCAGCCAGGACCAGCUCUAGGCUGACUCCAGCGAGAGCGAUCUCUGUGGCCAGGCAUUGCCAGAGCAGUCAGGAAAGAAAAAUAGGGAGCGUCUGAUUUUGCUGUCUGCCCGCUGACCAGGUUUCAAGAGCCACAAGCAUUUGUGACCAGAAAAGCCGAGUAGACAACCGAGCCUUUACAACAGUAAUUUCAGACUUCUACCAAAAUAGAAAUGUGUUAGCUCUGUAACGGCUACAGCUGAGAGGAGCCUGCAAGCACCUUGAGAAUGACAAGAAAUAUCUUCACCAACACCAGGGAGCGAUGGAGGCAGCAAAAUGUCAACAGUGCCUUUGCCAAGCUGAGGAAACUCAUUCCCACCCAUCCUCCAGACAAAAAACUGAGCAAGAAUGAGACACUCCGGUUAGCUAUGAGAUACAUCAACUUCCUCGUCAAGGUCCUGGGAGAGCCAGGUCUCCAGCAGACAACAGCACGGGGCAGCAUCCUGGGGUUCUUCCAGCAAGCCCCAUGCUUGCAAAGCAUGGAGGAGCUGGCACUUAUUGAAAACUGUGGUGUCUCCUCUCCUGGUAUGAGCAGCAAUAUAGUAGAGCGUUGGUCAGAGACAUCAUCUCCCUAGUAGACAAUGAACCAUCCAGUCUUGGUGUUAGUUGGAUAGUCUCUCUCUUUUUCCAGAAUCUGUGGGUUGUUCCUCUGUGCAUUGUGAAUAUUUAUUUAUAUUUAUUACUGUUUUAUAUGAUAUACAUUUCUACUUAAUAGGAAAGGAAAUCCUUGGUCAGCCAAGAACCUGGAAGACCAGACAAAGAACUUGCAGCCCCUGGGAACUGGGAACGGCUCGCUGCCAUCACAGCAGAGUCCAAGACAGAAAGGCCUUCUAUCCUGGUCUCCUUCAUAAAUCAGGCCACAGAAAUUCAUCCAGUGUUUCUGGCAGGGAAAGAGAUUACUCUCCCAUGCUAUUUCAAUGAAACACUACUGAGUUCAAGAAUGAUGAGUGCACCUCAAAAUUUGUCCAAGACAGGCAUCUGGCCUCAGUAGUGAAAGAUUUUGGGAGAUGUGAUAUUUGCCACAGUCCUCUGUCAGUUGUUCCAGGGACUAAUUGCAAGAGUGACUUGAGCCUGUGAAUCUUUUUUCCAGCUUGAUUCUUUUUCUUGAAAAUAUAAGUCCUAGCACUUGAACCUGACUACACCUUUCUCCAUCAUACUGGAGGGAUCCCUAGUAUCAGAUCAAAAUGCUACUAUACAAAAUUAAACAUUAAGUUAAAGCAAAAAUGCUUUCAAAUAAAAGAAGACAUAGUCAUAGAUGAGUUUCAGUGGUUACAAUAGGCAGAGUGAACCUUUGUAGCAGUGACAGUGUGCAUGUGAAGGAAGGUGGUCAGGUACAAUCCAGCUGCCUUAAAAUCCCAUGAAACAGGUUGGUGGCUAAACAUCUUUGUUCUUCAACGGCUGUAGCAAUGGGGGAGGUCCUGUUUUGGGAGGGAGAUCCCAGGAGAAAGUCUUCAAUGGUGCACUGUGAAAACCUUCAUGGAAACACCAGUGAUCAGUGUCCCUUCCCAUGCCAGUGCACAGAAGAAGUUGGAGCAUAUCUAAACGUGGUAGAAGGUGCUGGGCAUGCACCACUGGUGCACUGUGGUGCCUCUUUGGCACAGGGCUGUGUGCCAGGGGUACUGGGCAUCAAGAUCUUGAACCAGCCCUGCUUUUGCUGCCAUGGGAAGCAGAGCCAAGCUGCACACAUGCUUGCUGUCAUCUGUAAGACCUUGGUGCCCUGAUGCUCCGCUACAUGAAAUUGGAUUGAUGUCUGCCCCAGACAGGAUACCAAGACCAUGGACAAGAUUAGGGGCAAGCUGCCUCCAUACCCAGCUGACUGCUUUUAAACUCCCCACUUCCACUUGGUGUAGUUGAGGUUCCUCCAUCUGGACACUAUCUCAAAUGGGCUGAUGGAGCAAGGACAAAGAAAUUGGUGUAAAUGUCCUCCCCUUGAUUCACUGGGUUCUCUGUGGGGAACACCAACCACCAUGCUUUAGGUGUUUAGAUGAUAAGCAGAAUGAAAAGAGUUCUCAUAAAAGUGACUAUUGUGGGUUGUUGCCCACAAAUCAAUUUAAUUUCUUGAUUGAAUUAUAACUUGUGCCAGUAAAGGUCUGCACUGCUCAUGCAAGUUCUAAAGCUGCAUAAAGCAACAGAAAAAAAAUGACAUCAGGUUUAAGUAGAACUGCUUCCUGAUCAGAUUCUGCUCCCGCUGACACAGGUCCUUUUGAUUUCAUUGUGGAUCAAGGUACGUGUCAAUGCUUAGAAAAGACAGCUAUUCACCACGGGUAAAGAAAUGGAGCUCUCAUGUGCCAAGGCAUGUACCUGGGCUGUUUCUAUUUGUUUAUGUGACAAUGAGUUGCUCUCAGGAAGCAGAGGUAGGCUUUGCACAUGUAACACAUGCAGGCCUUCUGCAUGAGUGGAUUUGGCAGCCAAAGCUGAGCUGACUUUCAAAGCCUCACCAACCACCAGGUGCACCAAAGAAUUCAGGGCUGGUUCCUGCUAAGCGUGUAUUGGGCUGUCCUGUGCACUGACAAAGACCAGGGUCUGACAGGAACACAGCUAACCUUAUCCAGGGCUGGUGUUAUAAGGUACAGAUGUGCCAGUGGAUGGAUUUUGACCAAAAGAAAAAAAAACAAAAACAAACCCAAAAGAGUUCAUGGUGAUUUAAUUUUGUUUCUAAACACUGCUAAUCUUCAGUUUGCUUAUCCCUGCAUUUCUGAGCUCUCAGAGCUGAGGACUGCACUGGAGAGCUGCUGAGUGGAAACACACUGAGAGUCUUUUGCGUGGUUUGUGAAAUCAGUACUGCUUUCUCACUGCCCCUGCCCACUUUAAUGUUACUGAACGCAGUCACAGCCUCUUCUGCACAGCACCUCAAAACGUAAUCAGCCAAGUCCUCCUCCUAGCUUUCUGUUGUCUUGAUGGGAGUUACAGAAGGAUAAACUAGUCCAAGUAAAUCAGAGCACUUGUGGGCAAGGUGUGGUGGUGCUGUUUGGUCUAUCAGCCACUUGCAAUCCUGGGAAACACAUAUCACCAAGGCAAGCCAAAACAUCUUGUGAGCAGAUUUAUUGUCCAGGGAAGGGGAAAGAAAACCUGGCAAUUUUGUAACUUAUCAUGCUUGUUAUAUUUUCUAUCUUAAAAGGCUUCCCUCCUUGUUACUGCUUUGGUUCUUGUCAACUAUCUUUUUGCUCUGCUUUCCAUUUAGGAGCUCCCUACGCUCAUGUUCAGCAUGUGUUUCACUAGGUCUGUCUACCAAAGAAUUUUUUUGAGGGGAUCAUGUUUCUUCUUCACAUUUUGUGGAUUUCUUAUCUGUAUGAUCAUGGACAAAUACAGUGUAACUGAUCACAUUUUGUGCUAUAUGAUGUUAUUUAACAUCUAAUAUAUUCCAAAUAAAUUAUUUAAUAAACAAAUCUUUGUCUUUUUAAAAUUAUCUAAAAUUUAAUUUUAUAUUUGCAUACCACUUGGUAGAGGAUGCCAGUAAAGUAUCGUUCUACUUUUCAGCAUUUACAGAGGAGUCUUGAUGUUAGAAACAACAUCAUCAGAAGGUGAAGAAUGACAGGAAUUCUUUGUUAGUUAUGAUUUCUUACACUUUUUGGUUGAAUUGUAUUUCACUCUACAUGCUAAGAAGAU